UUGCAAAAUUUUAAACAAUUCAGAGAAUAUGGAUUACUUCUGAUUAAGCCCUUCUUCUUGGCUUUUUUGGUCCUUCUUUCCUAUCUUGUUUGAUCUUUUGGCGAUAAAUUCACUAUAACUACCCUGGACUUAUUCAGUAGAGUCUCUGGCCAUUCAAAUUUUUGGUCGCUUCUUCCUGACCUUCUUAAUGAUCUCUUUUUACUUUCUUCUAUUCUCUUCCAGCUGCUUCUAUAGAGGUUUUAAAUGAGGAAGAGAUCUUUUUGAACUUUAGAGUAUUGCUCUUUAAGGUUGUUUAGACUUGUGGGGUUCUUAGUUAUUUCUGUUUCGUAGUUUAUGGUGGAGUACCUCUAAUUAUUGUCGACCCUGUUAUAGUUUUUCUUCAAGUUUUUUGUAAUUCAGGAUAUUCCUUCUAGGUGAGAUCAGUUAGACCAGUAGAAGAGAUAGUCUAUAGUUCAUAUCUUUUCUUUUGAAGCUCCUUCAUCCUUCUGUAAUAUUUUUAUUAUCAUCCUGAUUAGCAAUAUUUUCAUUACAGAUACGACCUCUCUGUCUCUUUUUUGUUGCUUCUUUUGUGGAACCAAUGAUUUUUUAGACUUCUCAUUCUUUAGUUUUUCACAUCUUUCAUCUAUCUUAUUUGGAAAUUGGCAUUGGGAGUCUGCUAUUCUUUUAAACUUUUUUCUUAAAUUCUUGUUCUUAAUUGUCAGCUCCUCUACCACUUGGUCCUUACCAUUCUGUUCUUUAAGAGGAAUGCUUUGUUCGAUUCUGCAGAUAUCAAAUUUUUUUAUGAAAUAAUUUAAAAGCUAGCCAUGCCAGUGCUCCUGUGGCAAUCAGUCCUUCUAAGGCUAUGAAGGUUUUCCUCCUUAUCCUAUAAGAUGAGUCUGAUCAGCUUGGAAAUCGACUUUUGUAACUUCUUAGAGGUAGCUCUAUACUCUUCAAUAAUCUGCUGUUCACCAUCUGGUAUUACUUUAUGGUCAAUAGUCAGGGUAUUCUCUUUGAAUGAUCUUUCAAGUUGAGCAAAAUACAACAGCUGGUUCUUUAAUUCAUAUGAUAAUAGUUAGUCUAGGAUUAGAUUUUGGGCUCUAAUAUUAAUAAGUAGCUUGAAAGUAAGGUAUGAAAUUGCUUCUACUCUCGACUAAAUCAUCAAUGAACUUUAAGACUUUCUCAGCUUCUACAUUGAUAGACUUUUCUAUU